AUGGCGGCCAGGUCCUCUUCCAUCAUCCGCCGAGCGCUCCUCUAUGUUCCCUCUUCAUCGGAAAAGAUGCUCACUAAGUCGCUGAGUUUCAAGUCCGACAACGUGACAUAUGAUCUGGAAGACUCUGUAACGCCGUCCUUAAAGUCACAAGCCCGUGACCAACUUCGAUCGUUCCUCUCAAACCAGAAGUCUCGACCACCGUCCAUAUCCGAACUGGCUGUUCGAAUCAACGCUGUGGAGACAAGGUUCGCCUUGGACGAUCUCACCUCUCUUGGGUCACUCCCGAGUGUCGAUGCUGUUGUUGUACCCAAGGUUAAUUCUGCCGCUGACCUCACUUACGUGACUGAUGUUUUGCGUCACGUUGCGCCUGAGCGACAUACGAUCAAUUCGGAAAACCCCAUCAAGAUCAUCGCUCUGAUUGAGUCUGCACGGUCAAUUAUGAAUCUUUCGGAAAUUUGCAAGGCGUCACCGUAUCUCAGCGGCUUGAUCUUCGCCGCCGAGGACUUCGCCCUGGAUUUGUCUCUGACUAGGACUCCAUCGCUUACCGAGUUUCUUUACGCAAGAUCUGCCAUAGUAACUGCUGCGAAAGCCUUCAGUUUGCCCAGUGCAAUUGAUCUUGUAUGCACCUCCUACAAAGGUGAUGAAGGCGUGAAGAGGCUAGAAGAAGAGUCACUAGGUGGAAAGUCGAUGGGAUUUAAUGGAAAGCAAUGUAUACAUCCCAAUCAGGUUGGGCUGGUUCAGAAGCUGUUCGCCCCUGGCGAGAAAGAGGUGGAGUGGGCAAUCCGCGUCGUAAUUGCGGAUGAAAAGGCCAGCGCAGCAGGCCGUGGAGCCUGGACUCUCGACGGCAUGAUGAUAGAUGCUCCAGUAACGGGGAAGGCGAGGGCCAUUGUCGCCAAGGCAGAAAAAUGCGACGUUGACGUUGCUAGCUUACGGUCCAAGUGGAAGGGCCAGGAACCCGAGUAA